GUUAAUCAGCUCAAAUCUGCACGGUCCACAACACUACAGCCUUUAAUAAACAUGCAUUUCAGCGCCUUCGUAGCAACAGUUAGCCUUGCCAUAUUCGGCGUGGCUACCCUCACGCGUGCUGCAGCUCCCACAAGCACCAGCACUACCGUUAAUACCGCUAGCACCGAUUUGCAAUCCGAUCUGCGUGAUUUCCAGGCGCUGUUACCACGUCGCCGCAUUGGUUAUAUUGCCGCUCAUCAUUACAUUGUCGAUGCGCGUUUUCGCAGCGCUUUGGCAUUCAUACGCGGUCCGGAAUUUUCCGCCACUUGGCAGCAGAUACGUAAUACCAGUGACUUUGCAGAGCUUCUCAGCUUAAUGCAAAGCGAUGGUGGCGCUUUCGAUGUUACCACCAUCAUUGAUAGCAUACCAAAUCAACUGCGCGCCUUCAAUAUAGCAUCCAAGGUACCGGUGAACAUGAUGUUCCAACGCAUGGUGUCCGAUUUUCUCGGCGAUGUGGUGCGUGAGUUGCCGCGUGCACGUUUCGCCAGCUUAAUGGCGCGAAAAGUGCAGGCGGGCGGUGAAUUUUCACAGCUAUAUCGAACUGUGCGUAGCGAGGAGUUCGGGAGCUUGUUGCAGAAAACGAGGAAGUCUCCAAAUCUGGCCGCACCCAUUCGUAAGCUAAAUCAAAAUUUCAUUGACGUUGAUAAUAUAAUCAAGAUUGGCUUUAAUGUGCUCAGCUGGGGUCCGUAAUUAUCUGCAGACAAAGCUGUUUAUUACUUUUUAAACUUUUUAAAAGGAUUGAAAGGUUUAAUUAUUUAUUUUAUAGCCGAGCAACAUAAUAAAUUAAUUAAUAAUUAAAAAAUCUGAAGGAUAUAUACUUUCAGGGUGAAUGAGACAAUUCGACAAUUUACAACAGAG